AUAUCUUCUUGAUUCUUCCAGCGGCCAAGGAUUGAUUUUGACAGUGGAAUGCAUGAGUUACCCUUCAAUUUGUAUGAUUCUGUGAGGGGAACUCAAAUAGAGUUGAGAUUAGACUUAGAACCCCCUCCUCCCCUGUGUGUAUUGUUUCACCUCUUCUAUAGUUAAUGAAUUUUUACUUAGAAUGCAUGUUUUGGAAUAUUAGUCCGAUUAGAAUUUCUGUCCAUUCUUUCCCCCAUCUCUCAGUUUCUACCGUUGCUCUGCUGGGUUUCCAGUUUCCACACAACCAGCUGUUCUCUCUGUCUCUUUUUACUCCACCUAAGGCACACCGCUGCUGGACCCGCACCCGCAUAGUAUCGACUCGGGUGCGGGUGCGACCCGCGUCAGGUGCGGUCAAACCGCAUUCUGAACAUUUUGGUCCAUUUUUAGGUUUUUUUAAAUUUUUAUUUAAGUAAAAUUCGAUGUAGGGCACGAUCGCUUCUCUCUCUCCGUCCUCUGUUCUCUCUCCUUCACCGGCGGCAUCCUCUCCGUCUUCUACCUCCACCCGGCGGCCGCUGCUCUCUCUCCGUCCUUUGCUCUCUCUCUAAAAUCAAGUGACAAUCUACAGGCCAUUAGCCUUUUAUUUUUCACUUAGCUUUAAGGAAGGAAGGUAGCUAGAGUGACGCUCUGUUUUUGUGUUUCCUGUGUUGGAAGUUAGAACAACACUCAUUUUCACUCAAUUCGAGAAAUCCUUGGAUGUGCUGCCACUUUGUUUCCCACUACAAACAUGCGGUUUGACGUUCCAGCUAGACUCUCAAGAAAUCAUCUCUUUACACUCCGGUGGGUUUUCUGCCAUCACUCCCUCAAUAGAUCGGGGGAGCAGCGGUGUCUUGCCUUAUUGGAAUCCUGUACCACCCCAACCCACAUUCACCAGCUUCUCUCCCACCUCACCAAGACUGGUUUGAGCUCCAACCUACUUAUCAUUACCAAACUCAUAUCCAUUUGUCCUCAACUCAAUGCUAUGGAGAUUGCAGAGUCAAUGUUUUUUCAAUCCCCAAUUAGAGAUGCCUUCCUCUACAACACUAUUAUGCGAGGAUAUGCACAAUUGGGUGACCCACACAAACAAAAAUCCAUCCAUUUCUUCUCCCUCAUGAUCAAGGAGGGUGUUACUCCAAAUAAGUUUACCUUCCCUUUCAUCCUCAAGGCAUGUGCAGGCUUGUUGGAUAUAAAUUUAGGUCUCCAGAUUCAUGGGUUUGUUUUUAAAUUGGGGUUUUAUCAAGAUGAGUUUGUGGGAAAUACAUUGGUUCACAUGUAUGGAUGUUGUAAUGGUGGAAUUGAUUAUGCAUGUAAAGUUUUUGAUGAAAUGCCUCACCGAAGGAAUCCAGUAUGUUGGAGUGCUUUGAUUGGUGGGUAUGUUCGGAAUGGCUGCUCUAGCAAUGCCAUCGAGUUAUUUCGGAGGAUGCAAGUAGAUGGCAUCCCUCCAGAUGGUAUCACUAUAGUGAGUGUUCUGUCAGCCUGUGCUGAUCUAGGUGCUUUGGAGCUUGGGAAAUGGAUUGAUAUGUACAUUGAGCGGUGUUCGAUACCAAGAACAAUUCCACUUUGUAAUUCACUCAUUGACAUGUUUGCCAAAUGUGGAAGUAUUGAGGAUGCUAGGCGCAUCUUUGAUGGAAUGCCUGAAAGGACUGUAGUGUCAUGGACUGCCAUUAUUGAUGGCCUUGCAAUGCACAGUCAUGGUGGGGAGGCCCUGGAAUUGUUCUUGGAGAUGAGAAGGUCAAAAAUUCAGCCUGAUGAUGUUACCUUUAUUGGUGUGCUCUCUGCAUGCAGUCAUGCUGGCCUAGUCGAAGAUGGGUGUCGGUAUUUUGAUUCCAUGGUUGAUGAUUAUGGCAUCACGCCUAAGAUUGAACACUAUGGCUGCAUGGUUGAUUUGUUUAGCCGAGCAGGACUUGUAGAAAAAGCAUUUCAAUUUGUAAGGACCAUGCCCAUAGAGCCAAACACUAUCAUUUGGCGCUCAUUGCUUAGUGCUUGCAAAAUCCAUGGGAAGCUCAAGAUUGGGGAGCAAAUCAGCAAAUGGUUGAUAAAAUUUGAGCCAAACCGCUGUUCAAAUUAUGUUCUUCUAUCAAAUAUCUAUGGAUCGAUGAGCCAAUGGAGUGAUAAGGCGAAGGUGAGGGAGAUGAUGAACAAGCAAGGGAUCAAGAAGACACCAGGCUGCACAUUGAUAGAGCUGAACAAUUCCAUACAUGAAUUUGUGGCAGGAGAUAAAUCUCAUCCUGAAUCCCGAGAGAUAUACAAGAUGUUGGAUGAGAUGGGCAAGAAGCUAAAGAUGGCAGGAUACAUCCCAAGAACUACUAAUGUGUUGCUUGACAUAGAUGAGGAAGACAAGGAAGACGCACUACAUCAACAUAGUGAGAAAUUGGCCAUAGCUUUUGCAUUAUUGAAGACUCCUCGAGGAACCACCAUACGCAUUGUCAAGAAUCUACGGGUCUGUGAUGAUUGCCAUAAUGCAACCAGAUUCAUCUCCAAGGUUUAUUAUAGGGAGAUCAUAGUGAGGGACCGGAAUCGAUUCCACCGGUUUUGGCGGGGUUCAUGUUCAUGCAAUGAUUAUUGGUGAAGGCUCUAAGAGUGUUUUGUUCAAUUACACAUCAAAAGGCUACAUUUACGAAGAAAAAAUAUCAAUGAGGUGCUGCUGGCAAUGGAAUAUGGAUCAGUUUCUGAACCAAGAUCAUCCACAUUUUCUCUGACAAAUGAAGAUCAUACUCUGGGAAACUCUGUCAGAUUUGUCCUAAAUCAAGA